CUGGCCGGUAAAUGUGGCCCUUAAACUGGCGUUUUUUAGGAAUGUGCCGUCUCUAACACAGCGCCUGCGUGAGUCUUGGUCAAGAUGGCGGCUCCCGGGAAACAGUAUGGGCUUAUUAUUCCCAAGAAACUGCUACAGAAAAAUGUUUGUUUGCCAAAACAUUCCGCAUUUGCAGACGAUUCUGAUGAUGAGUUGUCCGUUGGGGAGAGUCUCCAAAAGGAAUCGGUAAAGAAACGCUUGAUGAAACAGACCAAGCUGGAGGUCCAGAAAGCACUGGCAGAGGAUACCUCAGUGUACGAAUAUGACAGUGUGUAUGACGAUAUUCAGAAGAAGAAAGAGGAAAAUGCAGCUAAAGUGCUGUCUGAGAAGGAUAGAAAGCCUAAGUAUAUCCAGAACAUCUUGAAAGCAGUGGAAGUUAGGAAGAAGGAACAGGAAAAGAGAAUGGAGAAAAAGAUCCAGAAGGAGCGUGAAAUGGAAGGGGACGAGUUUCAGGACAAAGAGGCGUUUGUCACAUCUGCCUACAAGCAAAAGUUGCAGGAGAAAGCUGACGAGGAAGAGCGAGAGAAAAGGGAAGCUGCACUAGAAGCUUCCCUGGAUGUCACCAAGCAAAAGGACCUCAGUGGUUUCUACAGACAUUUGCUAAAUCAAACUGUUGGAGAAGAGGAAACUCCUGAAUGUAGUUUGAGAGAAACUGGGGUAAAGAAAGAGGAGCCAAAGGGAUAUUCUGAUGAGCCAAAGGAUGGAAAUCCUGAGGAUAACAUUGAUGCUGAUAGUGACUUGGGAACCGAGUCUAGCGAAGACGAAAAGGAUAUAACUGCUAAAAAGCCACCAACCAAAUCAAACCACAGUGAUAGAGAAGAGAAAGGUUCUAAGACCCAUGGAAGACCUCAGCAUUCAAGUUCAUCCAGUGAAGAGCUAGAUGAUCACCACAAGCUAAAGGGUAGAUAUAAGGGUACAAAUGAGGUAGUUCAGCCAGAGAAGGACAAAUAUAAUCAGCAAGAUUAUGACAGAGAUUUUAAGGGAGAGCUGCAGGAAAGAGCAUGGCAUGGGGAACAUGACAACAAAGACUGGCACAGAAGAAGGGAAGACCAAGAUUCUCAGGUGAGGGCUAAAGAGAGGAGAGAACACGAGAGUGGUAGCAGAGAUGGAAGAAAAGAGAAAGGCAGUCAUCGAAAAGAGGAGAAUGAGCGAUAUACUGAAAAAGAGAGGGAUCGAGGCAAAAAACACAAAGAAAGGAUUGAUGAUGAAAAGAGGAGAAAUGGGUCUGAUAAAGAACAUAAGGAGAGAGAGCGUGCAGAUAAGUCAGAAAGGGAGCGUCCAGGCAAGCCAGAUAAGGAGCGCGUAAGCAAGGCAGACAAGGAGCAUGGAGAGAUGUCAGACAAAGGGAAAAAAUACAGUGAGCUUGAGAAAAAGGAUAGGAGCCCAUCUCCAGCAGAAAUGCAGCAUGAAGAUCAACAUGAAAUGAUGCCUGAUUCCAAGCACAAGGUGGAGGAAACCUUAAAAGUGGCUAACAAAUUUGCAAAGCGCAGUAAUGAAGAGACUUUGGGAUCUGCUAGGGAUCGGUAUCUCGCUAGACAAAUGGCUCGAGCUGGAGACAAAGCUCAUGUGGAAAAAGAGGAGGAUUAGGGGAACUGUUACUUUUGGUUGUUUGAUCUGUUUAAUAAAUGAAUGCAGUCAGUGUGGCAAUAAGUUGUGUUAUCAGUGCAUUUCUCUGGAAAGGAGUACUAAAGUGUGACUUUUGUGAAGAUGAGACAAUACAACAAUCCUGCUAAAAUG